GAUUCAAAAAUAAGAGAAACUUCACAGGCAAGUUAAGAGCCAAUGAGAAUGAAGCUUCUUAACCCCGCUCUCUUUUUCUUCUUCAUGUUCUUCCCAUGUUCUAGAAGUUGUAACUCAAAUGACAAAACUACUCUCCUCAAGAUCAAGAAGUCCUUAAACAACCCUCAAAUCCUCAACUCUUGGGACCCCAAAACCGACUGCUGCACCAACUGGACCGGCGUUGUGUGCACUCACCGCCGCAUCACCGGCCUCACUAUAUCUGCAGGAGACGUCGUUGGUCAGAUAGCUGAGGAGAUAGGAGACCUUACUGACCUCGUUAUCCUAGACUUGAGCAGUCUCUCUCGACUCAGAGGCACCAUUCCACGCUCUAUCACCAAGCUCAAGAAUCUAGUCUACCUUCGGUUUAGGAUAACCGAACUCUCUGGUCCAGUCCCUGAUUACAUCAGCCAGCUUCAGAACGUUACUUUCUUGGACCUCUCCUUUAACCGGUUCAACGGUUCAAUACCUGGUUCGAUUUCUCAGAUGCAUAGACUUGAGACCAUACAGCUCAGUCAUAACAAGUUAACCGGUUCUAUACCGGAAUCUUUCGGUUCCUUUGCUGGAAAGAUCCCAAAACUCUACUUAGGUAAUAAUCACCUCUCAGGAGAAAUACCAAAGUCAUUAUCCAAAACCAACUUCAACACCGUGAGUUUGUCAGGAAACAACUUCAGUGGAGAUGCUUCAAUGUUCUUUGGACAUAACAAAACAACCGUAAGGUUAGACUUGUCUCGGAACAACUUCCACUUUGAUCUCUCAAAGGUCAAACUGGCCAAGAGCUUGGUGUCAUUGGACCUUAGCCAUAACAGAGUUUUCGGAGGGCUUCCUUUGGAGCUGACCAAGCUCCAACUUAACCAAUUUAACAUAAGUUUCAACCGUCUAUGUGGGUCCAUACCACAGGGAGGUCUGAUACAGAACUUCGGGGUCUAUGAGUUCUCCAACAACCUCUGUCUAUGUGGGGCGCCUCUCAAGCGUUGCUAGCCAAUCGAUCAAACACAUUUUGAAAAUGUACCAAGAAUAUUUUGUUUGUAAAUUCGUUUGAAUAUUCUCUGUUUCACAAUAAAAAAAAAAAGAAUAUUCUUUUAUAUUUUUUUAGUUUGCAAAUUAGUUUGAAUAUUCUCUUACAUUUUUUAGUUUGCAAUUUAGUUUGAAUACUCUCUUAUAUUUUUUUAGUUUACAAAUUAGUGUGAAUAUUCUCUUAUAUUUUUUAGUUUGAAUUCUUUUGGAUUUUCCUUGGACCUUGAUGCUAAACCCUGAGAACAAGCUCAUGUGGAACCCUUGGCUAAUUAUAGUAACAAUUUUAAUUUGAUCCAAAAUUGCUAUUGAGCUUGUGGAAACAUUACAUAGCAAAUCAUUACAGAGAGAUUUUGAAGUUACUGGUCCACAAAAUUGUCAUUCAUCAAAUGUAAGAAACCACAUCUUGAUAAACUUUCUUCUUCUAUAUACUCACAAAGAAGCAGUUCUCUUCAACUCCUCAAAAUACUUAGCACCAUCAGGGUGACGGUUCACAAACCUCGUCACAAACGACUUAUCAGA